AUGGAAGGCGAUAUGUUCCCAGAAUCAGGACGUGUAUCAGUCCACGUGGACACAUCGUGCAACCGACCAACCAGCCAACCAACCAGCAAGAGGGCCAACCAACAGACCUACCAGCCAACCAACCAGCAAGAGAGCCAACCAACAGACCUACCAGCCAACCAACCAGCAAGAGGACCAACCAACAGACCUACCAGCCAACCAACCAGCAAGAGAGCCAACCAACAGACCUACCAGCCAACCAACCAGCAAGAGGACCAACCAACAGACCUACCAGCCAACCAACCAGCAAGAGGGCCAACCAACAGACCUACCAGCCAACCAACCAGCAAGAGGACCAACCAACAGACCUACCAGCCAACCAACCAGCAAGAGAGCCAACCAACAGACCUACCAGCCAACCAACCAGCAAGAGAGCCAACCAACAGACCUACCAGCCAACCAACCAGCAAGAGGGCCAACCAACAGACCUACCAGCCAACCAACCAACAAGAGAGCCAACCAACAUACCUACAAACCAAAUAA